AUUCGACGAUGCCUGUCGCUACUUCGUCUCGUCGUAGAUCUGGUCGCAACGCUGAGCCGGAGGACGCCAUCGAAGACGCCGACCCCACUCAACGAAUGGAACGAGACGACGUUGAAGAGGAGGAGCCGCCUCGUCGUAACGGUCGCUCCGUCAAGCAGGAGCGACAAAGAGCAGAGACGAGCAGACAGGCCAGACAACGUGAAGAGGACCCUGUCGAAGAUGAGGAUGCAGAGGGAGGUGGAAAUCCUGGAGAAAUACCUGAGUUCGACCCGGAGGCCUUCGGGGAUCAGCCACUCCAUACUAGCCAAAGCCACAAACUUCAGGGCAUGGCAAUGGACUGGGACACCAUGAUCAAGAACGUCCGCGGCUCUGCAUACAAUCUGUUGACAGAGGUUGCUACAGCUGUUGCCGACAUUGAGAACGAUCAAGGCGCGGAGAAGGAGCUCACUCAACUCGACAGCUUGACGAAAGAAGUGCUUGAUCUGGAGAACGAGAUCGCUUCGCGCGGAGACACACUAAAGGACCUGCAUCAACUUGCUGCCCGUGGACAAGAGGAGAUUACAAACAUCACAGAACGGUACGAGCAAGACGUGACAAAAAAACUGUCAGACUGGAAUCAGAAAACCACGAGACAGAAGUACGCUCGCAAUGAGAAGUAUAACGCAUUCAAGCAGGGUAUCUGGGAGGCCCAACACGAACCGGACGUGCCGAUGCCCCCGAUAGUGGAGCUGAUUCCCAAAGAGGAUGGGGAUGACAGCGACGAAGAAGACGACGAUCUCUAUGUCGGAGGCGUGGUACAAGACCUGAAAUGUCCACUAACCCUCACAUGGCUCGACAAACCUGUGACCUCUGAGGUUUGUGGGCACUCGUUCUCAGCCGAAUCAAUCAUUCAGAUGCUGGGCAACAACAAGUUCACAAAGAAGACAUGUCCAGCUUCCGGAUGCAGGCAGAUGAUAUGCCGGAACGAUCUCAAGCCGGACAAGGACCUCGAACGAAAGGUCAAGAAUGCCCAGCGGAGAGCUCAGAGACGUGAGGAAGACAGUGAUGCAGAGGAGGUCAUCGAGUGAUCUCUGGCUGAAACUAUAGUUUUUUGUGCCUUUCGCUCACCUGAACCGGUUCGGUCUGUUUUUUUGGUAUCUUUAUUGUACCUUCCUUAAUUCCUUCGCGACCUUAUCUUGUCGGCUUUCCCUCCUCGAGCCGGAUCUAUUUUCUUUCUACUCGUCCGCCACAAUGCUGGAAUAUCUCCCAAAGCCACAAGGGACCGUCAUUGCC